UUUCAUUUUGCCUUCUAUUUUGGCAGAAUUUAAUAUAAUAUAAAUUAAUAAAAAAAAAAAAAAACAAAAAAUUUAUAUAUCUAAAUUUUCUAAUUUCAUAUUUUGGAUUAAUAUAGUUGCAAAAAUCAUUAAAAAUUUAAUAUUAAUAAAAAAAAAUUGGAAUCAAAAAGGAUACAUAUUUAAUAUUUGUAUUUGUUGCAUAAAACUGUUUCAAACAUUUAUAAUAUAAAUACAUGUGUACUUCGAAUUUUUUUCGUUCCGUAAGAGAAAAUGAUUACCUGUACUCUACCGGCCGUAAAAAGCGCGAAAUCGGUUUAAAAUAUAUUAUUAUUACAUUAUAAAUUAUCGUAACAUUAUAUAAGCUAAGAUACAUGUAUUUUAGAACAUAGUUGUUAUUUAAAAAAAAAAAAAAACAAAAAGAUAAUUGUAAUAAAGUUAAUUUAAAAAAUUAUUAUUGUAGAAAAGGAUUAAGCUAACCAUAAAACGCACAAAUUUUCAACAAGAAAAUAUUUAAAAAAUUAAAAAAUAAAAAUUAUUUUUUUUUUUCAAAUAUCGAAUUAAUUUCAAUGAAAAUUAAAAAGGGCAAAUAAUUAAAUUCGAAAAAAAUAUCGAAAAGCAUAAUAAUAUUAUUCUAAAAAUUAAAACAAAUUGUGCAAAUAUAAAUCAAAAUAAAUAAAAAAACAAAAAACAAAAAUAAAAUAAGAACAAAUUUUAUUUAAAAAAAAUGAUGAUGGGGCCAUGAGCCCAUCAUAUCCUCAAAUCAAUUGGAGUCGCAAGCGCGUCUCAAGCGGGCCUGCACCAUGCUAGCACCGCCGAACCCGAGGUCAAUAUGCGGCCAGGACCCGGGCUGGUCGUGAUGGCGCUUGCGUUUAUUUCGGGGGCUCGGCGUGGCAGCAGCACCAGUCAAACAUCUACGCAGUUAUUAACAACAACAGCAACAACAACAACAGGAACAGCAACAACAACAUCAACUAUAUUAACAACAACACAAGGUAUAGAUACAAUUAUACCAUCGACAACUUCAUCAAUAAUAUCAACAAUAAGGGAUACAUCUUCAUCAUAUCCUAUACCAACAACUAUAUCAACUACGUCAACAUUCUCUUAUCCAACGUCAACAUCAACGGGAACAAGAAUAAAAAAAUUAAAUUCAAAAACAACAAUUCAAGCAACAACAAUUGCAGAAGAUAUAAAAUUUUCUGCAACAACAUCAAGAAAUUUAGAAACAACAAAAAAUUAUCAUACAACUACUACAAUUACAUCAGAUAACAUUGGAAGUAGCAGCAGCAGUAGCAGCAGUAGCAGCAGCAGCAGUAGUAGUAGUAGUAGUAGUAGUAGUGGUAGUGGUAGUAGUAGUAAUGAAAUUUUUUCAAAUAAUAAUAAUUUCAAUAAUGAUGAAGAAUUUAUAACAAAUUAUCCAAAUAACUAUAAUUAUAAUAAUAAUUAUUAUAAUAAUAAAUACGAUAAAAGCCAAGAGCAAGAGCAACCAAAUAAUCCAUCGAAUUAUUUUUAUAAUCCGCCAUUUACGCCCAAUAACCGUUAUUAUAAUUCAAAUAGUUAUUAUAAUAAUUUAUUUAUAAAUAAUUUAUUUGAAGAUACAAACUAUAAUAGCAAAAAAUUGGGUUAUAAUAGUGAAUAUUUAAAUAAAAAUACCCAUAAUAGUAAUAAUAAUAAUAAUAGCAAGAAUAAUAAGAAAUUAGGUGGUUAUACAAAAAGAAAAGAAUUAAAUAAUAUUAUUGAUUACGAUAACAGUAUCAGUAUUGAUGCUGCUGACAACAGUAUUGAUGAUAGUAAUGUUUUAAUAGUUAAUGAUGGUUAUAACAGUGAAUUACUUAGUGAAAAUAAUUAUAAUGAAAAUAAUGCUAAUAUUAAUAGCGAAAGUUUAUUUAAAGAAAAUCAUCAACAGCAUCAAAAGAUUACAAAUAAUAAUAAUAAUUAUAAUUUAUACUUUAAUCAAAAUAAUCAAAAAUUUAAUAACGAAGAAGAACAAGAACUGCAAGAACGACAAAACUAUAAUAACAAAAAACAAGAGCAUUUGCAAUUGCAAGAGCAGCAACAGCUACAACAAGAACAAGAAAAAGACUUGCAGCAAUAUAAUAACCAGGAGAAGGAAGAAAAACAACAAAAACGAAAUAAUAAUCAAGAAUUUAAUAAAAACAUAAAUGAUAAUAGUAAUGACGAACUACAGUUAAAGCAAGAAGAACAGAAACAAUAUAGUUUAAAAAAUUUAAUUAAAGAAACUGAAGAAAAACAAUUAUUAUUAUCAUCGUCAUUAUUAUUAACUGAAGAAGUUAAUUAUAAUCAAUAUACAAAUAAUCAAAAAAAUAAAGACAAUAGUGACGGUGGUGGUGGUCGUGGUGUUGUUGAUAAUACUGGAAGUGGUAACAGUAUUGAAUAUAAUAAUAUAUUUGGUGAAGGUGAUAAUAAUAACGAUUUACAAAAUAGUAUUAGUACAACAGAACAAAUUUCGGCGCCUUUGCGACGACUUAAUCCUUGGUUAUCUGCUUGCGAUCUGGAACCAACAAAUCAAACACCAGAUCUACAGGGUGAAUGCACGGCGUCUAUUGUAAAUAGGGUGCAAGAAGGUCCCGGUCCACCAAAGUGUCCCCAAUCGUGUAGUAGUAUUUCUAUUGAUAAUAAUUAUAAUGAAGAUACUAAAUUAAGUAAUAAAAAUACAAAAACUAAUAAUAAUAAUAACGUUGUCAUAAAUAGUCAUAUGAAAUUAAAUAAUUUAAAUUAUAUUAACCAAAAUUACAAAAUUAGUAAUAUUGAUAGUGAAAAUAAUAAUAACAAUAAUAAUAAUAAUAAUAAUAACAAUAAAAUGAUGGGUAAUGAACACCAACAAUUUCAACAACAACAGCAGCAAAACCAACAACAAUUACAUAAAAAACAACAGAAAAAUAAUAAUAAUAAUUAUAAUGAAGAGGAAGAAGAAGACCAACAACAACAUCAAGAAAGGUAUAAAAGAUCAAAUAAUAAUGAAAAUAAUAAUUAUGAAUCAUCGAAUAUUGAUAUAAAUGAUAAUAAUAAUAUGUAUUAUGAUGAUUAUAAAGAAGAUGAAUAUUCAAGAAUAGAAUUUUAUCAAGAUCAAGAUAAAAGAGAUUAUAAUGAUGAAAAUAAUAAUAGUAAUAAUAAUAAUAAUAAUAAUUAUAAUCAGCAACAACAGCAACAACAUUCACAGUGCCUUGAUUAUUUGGGCGAUGGCGAUGAAUUUAAGCCUGAAAAACUAUGCGAAAAAUCACAUAAUGAAUUAGUUCAUUUAUUACGUUCAAUACGUUUAAGGACAUGUUGUGAACGUGAUUUAUUUAGUGCAUUACAUACAAUUGCAUUAAAUAAAACAUUAUCAAAUCGUAAUGAAUGUAUUGAUUUAUUAACAUCAUUAUUAGAAUUGGAUAAUUUAGCAUCACGUAUAGUAUGUGAAUUUACAGAAAUAUUACAGCGUUAUGAUUGCCGACAAGUAUUUUCAUUAAUACAUCAUUGUGAAGAUUGCAAGGUAUGUUUCGAAAACUCACAUAUUUAUAAUAAAGAAGUGCAUAAUGUAAGUUUAACUUUAUAAUUUUAUUUUUUUUAAAUUAAUGUCGUAUAUAAUAUCGUAUA